AUGGCCAUCAUCCACCCGCUGCAGCAGCGCAUGUCGUCCACAGAGACCAAGGUGGUGGUGGUGGUGAUCUGGGUGCUGGCGCUGCUCUUGGCCUUUCCGCAGUACUACUACUCCAACGUGGACCAGCUGCCCGGCCGUGUGGUCUGCUACAUCGACUGGCCCGAGUACACCUCCUGUGACUUCAAAAAGAUGUAUUAUGUGUGCGUGGCCAUCCUGAUCUACUUCCUGCCUCUGCUCGUGAUGGGCUGUGCUUAUCUGGUGGUGGGCCUGUCUCUUUGGGCCAGUGAAAUCCCCGGCGACUCUUCAGACCGAUACAAGGAGCAGCUGACGGCUAAGCGUAAGGUGGUGAAGAUGAUGAUCGUGGUCGUGUGCACCUUCGCCAUCUGCUGGCUGCCGUACCACGUCUAUUUCCUGCUGCACCAGUUCUUUCCCGACAUGUUCGAGGAGCUGUAUAUCCAGCAGAUGUACCUCUUCAUCAUGUGGCUGGCCAUGAGCUCCACUAUGUACAACCCCAUCAUCUACUGCUGCCUCAACGACAGGUUCCGUGCUGGCUUCAAACAGGCGUUCCACUGCUGCCCUUGCGUCCCCCCCGGCUCCUACGAAGGCCUGGAGCUCAAGUCCACUCGCUACCUCCAAACCCAAACCAGCGUGUACAAAGCCAGCCGCAUGGAGACCAGCGUGUCCACCGUCCUGCAGGUAGGGUACGACGUCGAGCAGGCCAAGCCCAAAGCCAUCGCGGGUUCUGGGUCAGCCCUGCUCAGCUCCUCCCUGGACCUCACCUCCAACGGCUCCAUGUCCCAGAGCAUUUCCAAGACGGCGUCGGAGGCCUCCAGCUUCUACUCCACCAACAACCUCCACGACUAG